GUUAGGAGGCCACAAACAGAAAAAAGAAAUGGAAUAUUACUUUAAGCCUGUGGGGAAUACAGGUGAAAUUCCUGAAGGUCUGCACACAUCUGGUACAGUAACUCAGGUGAAUACGUGGCUGAUGGAAGUUUUUAACGGAGAUCAAGUCCCACUAUACGAGCUCUCAGAAACCACCAUUAGCUACCUUGAAACACUAAUGAACACUUGUCGUGAAAGAAACCAAAACAUGAGACUCCUACUUGAAAAUAUGAGACACUUUAAAACUGAGUAUAUUGGAGAAAGAAAACAUGUGAGUGACAUACUGUAUCAGUGUGGAAUAUCGGUUGAAAACCUUCCCCAAAGCACCCAGUUAUGUGUCCAAGCUUUGGCUGCAACUGGAGUAGUUCUAGAUGUAAAAAUACCAUCUCUUACUUGCCUGCUGUAUGGGUUGGCAACUGCACAGAAAGACGUAGCAAAGACCAUAGAGGACUGCAGUGGUGAGGAACGAAACUCGAGGAUUCGAGAAAUCAAGUACAAAAAUGCAUGGGAAAAAACUCAGCAGUUAAAAAGUGAUCUAGUGAUGGUCAACAAGUGGGAUGACCAGCAGAAGCCUCAUCUAUCCAAGAAAGCAGAGCAAACAGAAUUUCUGAGGAACAAAGUUAAAGAAUACAAACAACAAAUUAAGCAGUUCCAGGAUUCUCUACAGAGGAGAGGAUGGAAUCGAAACCUUAACCACCAAGAACUGGUUAAAACAUCGGAGGAAUUAAACAAAUAUAAUUUUUUCAUAUGUAUGUUUGAAUAA